AUGCCAACUCUCGAACAGAAUUUAAUCGAGGAACUAAAACGCGAGUUAGAAUUAAACAAAAAGCACCACAAUCAUGGACCACCAUCGUCGGAGGAAGAUGAUGAUCUAUUGCCUAUAGACCCGUCGUCAGGAUUCCGAUAUAUCAGGGGACCUAAAAACCUGGAUGACAAGAUCGCCGUAGUAGGGGCGGGGCCGUCCGGUGUACAUAUGGCUUUGAAACUGAAGGAGGCAGGUUUCCAAAACGUUAUAGUGUUUGAGAAGGAGGAUAAAGUAGGAGGAAAAUCCAAGACAUUAACGUACCGAGAUAUACCACACGAGAUGGGGACGUGUUACACCCAGGCGGACUACACGGAAGUGUAUCAACUUCUCGACAAGUACGAUGCAGGGGAACUCCUACCAAUGCCUACAGCGACAAUGUGGAUAGGACAAAAGGUGUACACGAGACUAUACGAAAAGAGUUUGAUCACCGAGGCCGAAGGUCGAGAUGAACAAACUCUUUUCCAGGUCCCUAUAGCCUCUUAUAGGCUGUCAUCGUUAAUGUUUUCAGUCCUCCCUGCAGCCCAAAGCUUGCUGCCUAAUGCCACUCAGGGUGAGAUCGUUACAACAUUCUUCAACGCGAUACAGAAGUACAUGCAAGUACAUAUUCAACUGUUCGGAGCAUACGAGGGUGAACUGAUGCCACGUCCAUCAAAUGACAUACUCGAAAAUGAGCUGAACAUGACAUUUUUAGAAUUUUUGAAGGAGCAUGAUAUCGAAAUUCUACAAAAUUAUUUCUUACUGACUCAGACAACACAAGGAUAUGGUCACCUAGACGAAAUCCCGGCUUUGUAUGGUUUAACAUGGAAUACUCCCAGCUUUAUUUUUCAGGCUCUAAAUCCGCCAUCGGGCGAAAUCUCGACCAUCAAGGUACUAAGUCAAGGAUAUCAGGCGCUAUGGGAAGCAAUAGUAGAACAGGAGUGUCUUAACGUACGACUUUCUAGCCCGGUAAUGAGGAUAAACCGACGCAAGAUGGCGGGUGGGGGACGGAAGGGACGGAAGGACCGACCUGCGUUUCAGAUAGAAUAUGUUGAUGGUCCAACUCAGCGAAGAAAGAAGGAACCUUUUGACUUCGUGGUAUUAACAACAGAGAUGAAACUGAUGUCGGAUUUAGACAUCAUUGACUUUAAUAAGGAGGAGAAGAGUAGGUUUAAGAAAAUGAACCGUUACUAUUAUACAACCUCAUUGGUAGAUACCAAAGAAAUAAACGGAACGGAGAGAGGUCUUACUCCAGAAAGCUACUUCGCCGAUAACAUAAAUUCGAAGGUUGACGGGAGUGUUUGGGUUAAAAGAGACUCAUUUAACAGCCUCCAGUACAAUACUGGAGCGAACUACACUGAUAAUCUGUAUCCCGGAGCUGAUGGAAGAUUCGACCAAACAUCUGUGUAUUAUCAAUUCACCCGAGAAAAUCCCGACAAAGACGAGCUAGAGAACGAGUUACGAGAACACAUUGAACAACGAGAAGGAGCAGAAGUACUUAACCUUCUCCGAGUUUUUGUAUGGGACUACUUUCCACAGUUCUCCGUCGCCGACAUAGCAUCUGGAAUAACAUGGGACAUUUUCGAAAUGCAAGGAAAAUAUGGAAUGUGGUAUGCGGGCUCCUCUGUGUAUUUCGAAUCUGUUAAGUCUGUGAUAGAGUACAACAAUCUCAUGUUCCGACAGUACGAACUACCGCAGCCAUAA